CGGUAUAAUCAAAAUUGAACGGGGAUUUCGAAUAAGUUAUUGAUUUUCUCGUAAAACCAGCCGUUUUAAAAAUAAACGAAAGCAAAAUACUGCUAGCGCAACAACUUUACUUUGUUUUUUACGUUUAAUUCAAAAACUGUAAAAACGAAAUCUUUCGUGGCAAUAGAUUCAACCUGAAUGAAACAACGACUCUCAGUGACAACCGGUGCCAUCUUGAAAUGUUCAACAUGGCUACUUCUCUGAAAAUUAAAAACAUUAAAAAGGAAACAAUAAUACGAAUACAAUCGAUUUGUUAAAAUAAGCAACAUACUGCAAGAUUGUCCAACUAAAACUUCCUGAAUCAUAAAUUUGAUUUCAUGUUCAGGAAAGAAAAUAUUCUUGAUGGUUUACUACUUCUCAAUCGACCAAACUGGUUGCCGUUGCCUUAGAGCUGUUGCUGGGCAGCGAUGAGUUUAUUUGUUAUUUCGUUACCAACUAUCCCCCAACGAGCUUAUUGAUGGGGUGCUGACCAACUGCUUGUAUAAUUUUUUAAGCUUGCAAAGGCAAAAUCCCUUACGCAAACGUGUAACGCCUACAUCGUGCAAUCUUUCUGUAAACAUUUACCUUUUCAAGUUCUUCGGUUGAUACAAUAGUUCCAAGACACGCAGAGCCGGCGGGGUAAAAACCGCCGGGUUUUUAAAAAUACCUCACUAUGUGGAACGCCAUGUCGAUGAAAGAAGCAGUGAAACAAUGGGAGGCCCAUACCCAGCAAAAGAUCUCCACAGCUGUCGAAAUUAAACUGAUAGGUAUCUGUCCCUCACUCGACAAGAUGGAUACCGUGAUGCUAUCGUUCAUUGCCUGCGAGAAAUUAUCGUUGUCAUCCAACAAUAUCGAAAGGAUCGCUAAUCUGGGCAGCAUGAAACAUCUGAAGAUCUUGUCUUUGGGUCGAAACAGCAUCAAAUCUAUCUCCGGCAUAGAAGCUGUCAGCGAAACACUGGAAGAACUGUGGAUCAGUUACAACCAAAUUGAGAAGCUCAAAGGCAUCGGAAUGAUGAAGAAGCUUCGAGUCUUGACCAUGUCCAACAAUUUGGUCCGCGAAUGGGUCGAAUUCAUGAGGCUGGCCGAGGUGCCUAAUCUUAAAGAGCUAGUUUUCGUUGGCAAUCCACUAGAGGAGCGAUGCACCAGUGAAGGUGUUUGGCGUUCAGAGGUGGUGAGACGACUGCCUAAUUUAGCCAAACUUGACGGCCAACAAUGUAUGGAAACGGAGGUGAACUUAUCGGAUGCUAAGACUGAAUUGCGACCUAAAUCUGCCGAAAGCGAAGACAAUGAAGACGGGAGCAGGUUCAAGAACUCAGGUGACGAAGACGAACAAGAAAACGAAGAAGAGGAAGAAGAAGAAGAACGAGAAGAGGAAGAAGAAGAGGAAGAAGAGGAAACGGAAGAACAAAAUGAAAAUGAAAAGAACUGCAUUGAAUCCCAAAUGGAAUUGAGCGUGACUAGUAACCCAGUCACGAACUCCCUUGAACCAGUAACCGAGGAAAUCGGCCUCAAAGAAGAGUAAGUAACAUUUUCAUUUUUUUAUUUGUAUGGAUGUCUUUGGCUUAAUUCUUUUUGAGCGAAGAAGAAUAAAAAGAAAGCGAUUUGGAAUUAAA